CUUCUUCUCAAACCACUUCAUUUAUUUGACCCCUACACUACUAAACCCCCCAUCUCUCUCUCUCUCUCUCUCCGACUACACAAAAAAGUUCUCCGUCCGUCGCCGGAAUAUUCGGAAAUUGUGGGAUAGGGUGGGUAUGACGUCGGGGUCGUCGCGGCUUCCGACAUGGAAGGAGAGGGAGAACAACAAGAGGAGAGAGAGGCGGCGGCGGGCGAUCGCGGCCAAGAUCUACGCCGGGUUGAGGAUGUACGGGAACUACCAGCUCCCUAAGCACUGCGACAACAACGAGGUGUUGAAGGCUCUGUGCAGGGAAGCUGGUUGGAUCGUCGAAGAAGAUGGCACCACCUACAGAAAGGGAUGCAAACCAGUGGAACACAUGGAUAUAAUAGGUGGCUCAGCAUCUGCAAGCCCAUGCUCAUCAUAUCAACCAAGCCCAUGUGCGUCCUACAAUCCAAGCCCUCCUUCCUCUUCAAUCCCUAGCCCCGUCUCCUCGCGCUAUGCCACCAAUGGCCUUACUACUGCCGAUGCCAACUCCCUUAUCCCAUGGCUAAAAAAUCUAUCCUCAGGCUCAUCCAAACAACUUCCCCACCACCUCUACUUCCAUGGAGGCUCUAUAAGCGCUCCGGUCACCCCACCACUGAGCUCCCCUACUUGUCGGACCCCACGAAUGAACGAUCAUUACGAGAAUCCACCACCUGGAGCCACCUGGGCUGGGCAGCACCAUCCUUUCCUACCCUCUUCUACCCCAUCAAGUCCGGGCGGCCAUCAGACCCCGCCUGACUCGGGGUGGCUCUCUGGCGCUCAGACGCCCCAAGAUGGACCAUCAUCUCCCAUGUUUAGUAUUGUUUCCUCGAACCCAUUUGGAUUCAAGGAGCCGUUAUCAGGUGCAGGGUCCCGUAUGUGGACCCCAGGCCAAAGCGGAACGUGCUCUCCGGUAGUAGCAGCAGGUUUUGAUCGAACAGCAGAUGUUCCCAUAUCAGAUUCGAUUGCAGCGGAGUUUGCAUUUGGGAGUAAUGCACAGGGGCUGGUGAAGGCGUGGGAAGGAGAGAGGAUACAUGAGGAAUGUGUCACUGACGAUCUUGAGCUUACACUUGGCAACUCUGGAACAAGGUCAGCUUGGUUUUACAUCAUUAGUUUGUAGUUGAAUUGAAGCAUAUGACGAAUUCUGUUCAUCGUGUAGGCACUGCUUUAUAAUGGUUUGUUUUGGCGUUGCAGAUAGGAGGAUUUGACGGGAGAAAGGAAGGAGAAAAUUGUCCAUGUAUCUAUUUCCUUUGAUUUGUACCUUUCUUUGUGAAGUUCAACAAGUAUUAAGCUUGUUGAUUAGUCUGAGACUCUGAAUGCAAGGUGUUCUGCUUGGCAGACAUGGAAAACUCAGAAUAUAGAGAGUUCGAUUGGUUGGUCCUUUUUUACAUUGUCAUUUUUAUUGGAUUGGGGUGGGGCAAGGGAUUAUAUUGUUGGCUAAACUAUAAAUAGUUCAUGAGGCGACUUUCAAACA